GUGGAAAAGAAGCGACACAAGAGAGACGAAGAAAGAAGGAGAAGCGGAGAGAGCAAGAAAAAGGCAGUUAGAGAGAGAGAGAGAGAGAGAGAGAGAGAGAUGGAUUCCGAUUACGGCGUUCCUCGCGAGCUCUCCGAUCUCCAGAAGACGAGAGCUCUCUACCGACCCGAGCUCCCUCCGUGUCUUCAGGGCACUACGGUGAGGGUGGAGUUCGGUGAUGCCACAACUGCUGCAGAUCCUGCUGGAGCUCAUGUGAUCAGUCAAGCAUUUCCCCACACUUAUGGACAGCCCUUGGCUCAUUUCCUGCGGGCAACCACCAAGGUACCUGAUGCGCAGAUCAUAACGGAACAUCCGGCUAUCAGGGUUGGUGUUGUUUUUUGUGGGAGGCAGUCCCCUGGAGGGCACAAUGUCAUUUGGGGACUUUAUGAAGCUAUUAAAUUGCACAAUCCGGACAGCAAAUUGUUCGGUUUUGUCGGUGGUACUGAAGGUCUUUUUGCACAAAAGUCGUUGGAAAUCACAGAUGAUAUUCUUUCUACCUAUAAAAAUCAAGGUGGUUAUGAUUUGCUUGGCCGGACAGCGGAUCAAAUUAGAACAACCGAGCAAGUUAAUGCUGCGAUGGCUUCUUGCCAAGCAUUGAAGUUAGAUGGCCUAGUUAUCAUUGGAGGAGUUACAUCCAACACGGAUGCUGCCCAACUUGCAGAGACUUUUGCCGAAUCAAAAUGCUCGACAAAGGUUGUAGGUGUUCCUGUUACCUUGAAUGGAGAUCUUAAGAAUCAAUUUGUUGAAACAAACGUUGGCUUUGAUACGAUAUGUAAGGUGAACUCACAGCUAAUCAGCAAUGUGUGCACAGAUGCUCUUUCUGCAGAAAAGUAUUAUUAUUUUAUUCGUCUGAUGGGCCGCAAGGCAUCUCAUGUGGCUUUGGAAUGUGCACUCCAGUCGCAUCCUAAUAUGGUCAUCCUUGGUGAGGAGGUGGCUGCAUCAAAGCUUACUAUUUUUGACCUCACAAAACAGAUAUGUGAUGCAGUUCAGGCAAGGGCAGGUAAUGAUAAAUAUCAUGGCGUCAUCCUCAUACCCGAGGGACUUGUGGAAAGCAUACCAGAACUGUACGCCCUGCUCCAGGAAAUCCAUGGCCUUCAUGUCAAAGGUGUUUCAGUUGAGAACAUUUCUGCUCAGCUUUCACCAUGGGCAUCUGCACUGUUUGAAUUUUUGCCACCAUUCAUUAGGAAACAGCUGCUUCUCCACCCAGAAUCUGAUAACUCUGCACAGCUUUCUCAGAUUGAGACAGAGAAGCUUCUCGCUCAGCUGGUGGAGACGGAAAUUAACAAGCGUUUGCCAUAUUUGCAGAAGGAAGGCACGUACAAAGGAAAGAAGUUCAAUGCCAUCUGCCACUUCUUUGGUUAUCAAGCCCGGGGAUCCUUACCGUCGAAGUUUGAUUGUGACUAUGCCUAUGUUCUUGGACAUGUCUGUUACCACAUACUGGUUGCUGGUUUGAAUGGUUACAUGGCGACAAUAACAAAUCUUAGAAGUCCUGUGAAUAAGUGGCGAUGUGGUGCUGCUCCCAUUACGGCAAUGAUGACUGUAAAGCGAUGGUCUCGUGGACCUGCAUCCAGUCAAAUUGGAAAACCGGCUGUCCAUCCUGCUACAGUUGACUUAAAAGGGAAAGCAUACGAGUUGUUGAGGCAGAGUGCUUCAAGCUUUUUGAUGGACGACAUAUACAGAAACCCCGGACCUCUACAAUUUGAAGGGCCAGGUGGCGAUGCUAAAUCCAUCUCCUUGAGUGUUGAAGAUCAAGAUUACAUGGGCCGGAUUAAGUUAUUACAGGAGUAUCUGGACAAGGUGAAAGGCAUUGUGAAGCCCGGAUGUUCUCAGGAUGUUCUCAAAGCAGCACUAAGUGCUAUGGCUUCUGUAACAGAUCUGCUCACUAUAAUGUCUUCUCCUUCUUUCGGUGGCCGGGCCCCUAUCUGAGAUCUGCAGUGGGCUUCCUCAUAAGGCAACACUGCACUCUCUCCUACUUGCCUCCAUUUUCUUUCGUCUUUUUCCCUGUUUUCUGACCAGUGGUAGGAAAGUUGAAACUUUGAUUUUGGCUUCUAUUUAUUUUUGUUUACAUUUGCGGAUUGAUAGUUUUCAAUUUUGGUGGUGUCAAGUUGUUCGAUUAAUAAUUUGAUUGAUGUGGUUGGAAGCAAAUAAGAGUUGAAAGUCCCUUUGAUUUCUCUGCUUCCUUGCUGGUGCCCUAAUCCAGAUAAUUAUGCUACAUUUCUGUUUCGCUUCAGAGAGAUGUCUGAGAUGUGAAAGAUGUACUUACAGAGAUUUUUCGCAUUUGUUUAUUAAUGCAUUUAAAAGGCUGAAGAAUUUUUAUUGUUUAGUUAA